GGCUCUGGGUUUGCAGAGAGCCGAAAUGACCAUGACUGCCAACAAGAAUUCCAGCAUCACCCACGGAGCUGGAGGCACUAAGGCCCCUCGGGGGACUCUGAGCAGGUCUCAGUCAGUCUCUCCACCUCCAGUUCUCUCCCCACCAAGGAGUCCCAUCUACCCCCUCAGUGAUAGUGAAACGUCAGCCUGCAGGUACCCAAGCCGCUCCAGCUCCCGGCUGCUCCUCAAGGACUGGCACCCCCGUGAUCCUUCACCCCAAAAUCCUCAAGCUUCCUCCCCAGACACUUCACCACCCAUUUGUCCCCUCAAGGCCACCAGCUUUGGUUAUUUGGACGGAAGCCCUUCAGUGUGCAAGAGAGAAGACCAGAAGGAGAGUGUUCAAGGGGCAGCCCAGGAUGUAGAGGGGAUAGCUGCUUGCCUCCCUCUUGCCCACAGCACUCCAUCCCUGGGGCCAGCAGCUGGCCCACGGAGCAUCUUUCAAAACCGCACUGGCCCCCGUGCCCACAGCCUGGGCAUCCGGGAGAAGAUUUCAGCAUGGGAGGGUCGCCAAGAGGCUUUGCCCAGGAUGAGCAUGUGUGGAGAGAAACGGGAGGGCUCUGGGGGCGAGUGGGCGGUCAGUGAGGGCUGCCCCAGCGUGGGCUGCCCCAGCGUGGGCUGUCCCAGCGUGGUGCCGUCCCCCUGUAGCUCAGAAAAGACCUUUGAUUUCAAGGGCCUCCGGAGGAUGAGCAGGACCUUCUCUGAGUGUUCCUACCCUGAGACCGAGGAGGAGGGAGAGGCACUCCCUGUCCGGGACUCUUUCCACCGGCUGGAGAAACGGCCAGGCCGGAGUGAGCCCAGUGCCUUCCUCAGGGGGCAUGGUAACAGGAAGGAGAGCUCAGCAGUGCUGAGUCGCAUCCAGAAAAUUGAACAGGCCCUGAAGGAGCAACCAGGCCGGGGACUCCCCCAGCUCCCCAGCAGCUGCUACAGUGUAGACCGAGGGAGAAGGAAGCCUGGGACCUUGGGCGCCUUGGAGGAACCCACAGGAAGCGCCAGUGUGAGCGCUGGCAUCCGGGCAGGAGGAGUGGCUGGAGUUGGGGGGGAGGCGGGCCCACCCCUGGAGAGGGAAAGCAGUGGCUCCACUAAGACAGGGACCCCUGGGAAUAGCCCGAGCUCCCAGCUGCUGCCAUCGAAGAGCUCCCCAGAUCCCGCUGUGAAUCCUGUCCCCAAACCCAAGCGCACCUUUGAAUAUGAGGCCGACAAGAACCCCAAGAGUAAGCCAAGCAAUGGUCUACCUCCUUCACCCACGCCUGCUGCUCCACCACCCCUGCCCUCCACCCCAGCCCCACCAGUCACCCGGAGACCCAAGAAGGACGUGCGUGGGCACCGCAAGUCCCAGAGCAGAAAAUCCUUUGAGUUUGAGGAUGCAUCCAGUCUCCAGUCCCUGUACCCCUCUUCUCCCACUGAGAAUGGUACUGAGAGCCAACCCAAGUUUGGAUCCAAAAGCACUUUAGAAGAGAAUGCCUAUGAAGAUAUUGUGGGAGAGCUGCCCAAGGAGAAUCCAUAUGAGGAUGUGGACUUGAAGAGCCGAAGAGCGGGACGAAAAUCCCAGCAACUGUCUGAGAAUUCCUUGGACUCUUUGCACAGGAUGUGGAGUCCUCAGGACAGGAAGUACAACAACCCACCUACUCAGCUCUCCCUGAAACCCGGCAGCCAGUCCCUGCGCAGUGGGAACUGGUCGGAAAGGAAGAGCCACCGGCUGCCACGAUUACCCAAGAGGCACAGCCAUGACGACAUGCUGCUGCUGGCUCAGCUGAGCCUGCCGUCUUCACCUUCCAGCCUCAAUGAGGACAGCCUCAGCACCACGAGCGAGCUGCUCUCCAGCCGCCGGGCCCGCCGCAUUCCCAAGCUUGUCCAAAGAAUUAACUCCAUCUACAAUGCCAAGAGAGGAAAGAAGAGGUUAAAAAAACUGUCUAUGUCCAGCAUUGAGACAGCGUCACUGAGAGAUGAGAACAGUGAGAGCGAGAGCGACUCUGACGACAGGUUCAAAGCCCACACGCAACGCCUAGUCCACAUCCAGUCGAUGCUGAAGCGUGCGCCCAGUUAUCGAACGCUGGAGCUGGAGCUGCUUGAGUGGCAGGAGCGGGAGCUUUUUGAGUACUUUGUGGUGGUGUCCCUCAAGAAGAAGCCAUCGCGGAACACCUACCUCCCUGAAGUCUCCUACCAGUUUCCCAAGCUGGACAGACCCACCAAGCAGAUGCGGGAGGCGGAGGAGCGGCUCAGGGCCAUUCCCCAGUUUUGCUUCCCGGAUGCCAAGGACUGGCUCCCUGUGUCAGAGUAUACCAGUGAGACUUUUUCUUUCAUGCUGACUGGGGAGGAUGGCAGCAGACGCUUUGGCUACUGCAGGCGCUUACUGCCAAGUGGGAAAGGACCUCGGUUGCCAGAGGUAUACUGUGUCAUCAGCCGCCUUGGCUGCUUCGGCUUGUUUUCCAAGGUCCUAGAUGAGGUGGAGCGACGGCGUGGGAUCUCUGCUGCGUUGGUCUAUCCGUUCAUGAGAAGUCUCAUGGAGUCGCCCUUCCCUGCUCCAGGGAAGACCAUCAAAGUGAAGACAUUCCUGCCAGGUGCUGGCAACGAGUGCUGGGCCUGGGCUCAGGUACUUUGUCUCUGUUUGUCCACCAGUACCCUGUCCAGCUGCUCCCAUGCGGUGGUGGCCUUGCUGUACCCCUUCUCCUGGCAGCACACCUUCAUUCCUGUCCUCCCGGCCUCCAUGAUUGACAUCGUCUGCUGUCCCACCCCCUUCCUGGUUGGCCUGCUCUCCAGCUCUCUCCCCAAACUGAAGGAGCUGCCAGUGGAGGAGGCACUGAUGGUGAAUCUGGGAUCUGACCGAUUCAUCCGACAGAUGGAUGAUGAGGACACGCUGUUACCUAGGAAGUUACAGGCAGCUCUAGAGCAGGCUCUAGAGAGGAAGAACGAACUGAUCUCCCAGGACUCUGACAGCGACUCUGAUGAUGAAUGUAAUACCCUCAAUGGGCUGGUGUCGGAGGUGUUUAUCCGGUUCUUUGUGGAGACUGUUGGGCACUACUCCCUCUUUCUGACCCAGAAUGAGAAGGGGGAGAGGGUCUUUCAGCGAGAGGCCUUCCGCAAGUCUGUGGCCUCCAAGAGCAUCCGCCGUUUUCUCGAGGUUUUUAUGGAGUCUCAGAUGUUUGCUGGCUUCAUCCAAGACAGGGAGUUAAGGAAGUGUCGGGCAAAGGGCCUCUUUGAGCAGCGAGUGGAGCAGUAUUUAGAGGAGCUCCCCGACACUGAGCAGAGUGGGAUGAAUAAGUUCCUUCGAGGCUUGGGCAACAAAAUGAAGUUCCUCCACAAGAAGAAUUAAGCUCCUUUCCCAGUAACAGAGUCCAGUGCCUUGCAGAGCCUGGAGCCUGGGGAGGGGGCUUAGCCUGGGACCCUCUGGGCUGCUGUGGCUGCUCUGCCCCCACAGACCCCACCCUCCAAGCCAGCCCACCCCUGCCUUCACAAUAUCCCAGGAUACUGUUUGUAAAUAAUCUGCUGUAAGCUUUCUUAUCUGUUUUUGUAACAAGCAAAGAGAAUCUGGUAAAUAUUUGUAUAUUCCCAAGGGGCUGGGUGCUUUCCUGCCCUGCCUGAGCAUGGAUCAAUUUUGCUGGGUGCUGGUGACUGGCCAAUUAUGUGCAGCUGACUGUCUCAGCCGAACCACUGAUCUUCCCUUGGAGGCUCCUGGCCUGCCUGCCUGCCUGAGGCCCCUGCUGCCAGUCUUGGGCCCUGGAGAGCAGAUGCUAUCUUGUUAUGUACAGGAGGACUAUUUUUUUUUUAAAAUCUUAGAGUUUCUAUUUUUUUUCUAGUAGUCCCCCUCCCCUAACCCUGUUUCUGAAGGGCACAGGCCAAUCAAUCCCCGUUUGCAGCAUGGUACCAGGCUCUGGGACCUGGCCUUCUUUUGCUCCUCCCACCUCAGUGAUGGUCAGUGAGUCAUGGGAAGCCCACCCCCUGGCUCUGCCAGUGCUCUCCAGGCCCAGCUCCGUCAGUGGCGGCCAUGAUGCGGUACAGGGCAUCCCUCCUUCCCACCAUCUACGGGUGUUCUCAAUAAACAAUGUACAGUUGUUUGGGCCCAGA